UAUCAGCAGCUGAUAAGAGCCACGUUUAAAGGGCUCGAUAAGGAUCGGACUACCUGACUUCACACCACUUUCUGCAGAAAGAGAAAUAGAGCUUUCAAGGGAUUUAACCAAUCAUGCUCCUUCUCCUCCUGCUCUCCGCGUGCUUUGCUGAUGUCUUUUUUGCUGUUGGAGUAGUUUGCAUGCCCACAGGCUUGCAGGGACCACACAUCGCCCAGGACUGGGGGCAGGUGGUCCGGCUCAGGCACCUUUACGCCGCCAGACAGGGACUACACCUGCUAAUUGGUGUGGACGGGCAGAUCCAUGGCUCUGCGGACCAAACCCUAUACAGUCUGCUGGAGAUCCGGCCGGUGGAUCCGGGCUGUGUGGUCAUCAGAGGGGUCGCCACAGAUCGGUUUCUGUGCAUCAAAAGAGACGGGCAGCUCUACUCAUCGACCACCUACAGCAGAGAUGACUGCACCUUCAGAGAGCAGAUACUGCCGGACGGAUACAAUGUCUACAUCUCAGACGGACAUGGAGCCCUUCUCAGUAUGGGAAACCACAGACAGAGACAGCAGGGUCGAGAUCGAGGUGUCCCAGCUCUGGCUCAGUUCCUCCCACGGAUCAACACCCUGAACGAGGCCUCACCUCCUGGAACAGAUGUCCCUGAGCAGCAGGGACAAAGUGUUGAUCUAGCAGAGGAGCCUGUGGACACGAUGGACGUGUUUGGAAAGUUGUCUCAGAUCAUCCACAGUCCCAGCUUCCACAAAAGAUGAGACAGAUGCUCUCAAACAUCUGGAAAUGGAUGUGAUCUGGGGUGAACUGUACACUCCUGCUGCAUGUUGUAGUCACAGGAAAAGAAAGAUGCUGUGACACACUUUGUCAGUGCAGAAUACUCGUGUAGCGGCCCACAGAGCAGAGAGCCACACCUGUGAUCAGUUGAAUGUUAGUAACAACCUUUAAGUUUACUAAAGAAACAGUGUGUGCUCACUCUUCCUCCCCCAAAACAUCCAUGCCACACAGGGAGUGGUGAGAGGAGGAUUCCGGUUUUCAGGAGAAGAGAAGCAGACAGAGUAACGACAGUUGAACAAGGAGAAGCUGUAAACAAAGACAGGCAGGAUGAGUCACACUCUUUGAUUCUCUGUGCAGCUUCCUGUGAA